UAUCGACCUUCAAAUCAUACGAAAACAUCUCGGAGAAACAACAUCUCUCCAUAAAAUUGUGAUGAGGUGAUACAAGGCUAACUAGUCAGUGGGCGCCAAAGUUUAAAGGGCCUUUGUUUUUAUGUCCCUUUAAAUAUUUUGAAAAUUUUGCAACGGCGCGACAUCGCGUUUUCAAUACAUGAAGGUUUUUUGGCUUUGUGGGUUUCACAAAAAGAAGAAAAUACCAAGAUGAGUGAAACAAGAACCGUGACAUGCUCUACCACUUUUCAUAAUGCUCCGAAAACAUUGGUUUUACCACCUUUAAGUUUUGCACCGCUGCCAACGUUUUCAAUGACGAAAAAAGAACAUUUCAUACACCCGUCCCCUUUUGCUUUUCCUCCCUUGUUUGGACUGAAUUUGAAGUUUGGAAAUGGAAACCCAUUGACAUUUUCUCGUUCAAAAAUAGACUUCUCUGUUGAUUCGAAUAUAGCUUCUACUCCCCACAAAAUUGCUUCCUCUAUAUCAUCACUGAGCUGUUCAAAUAACCUACAAUUUGCAGAAAUCAAGACAAAGGAUAUAAAACCUCCAUCGCUGAUCAAAAAUAGAGGGCGUCCAAGUGCUGACUCAAUUCAUAUGCUAAAGCAGAAAUCAAUUGAAAACCCAUACCGCUACAAGUGUCCGGAAUGUAGUCGUAGUUUUCCACGCAAGAAGUCGCUUGAUACGCAUCGAUUGACCCACAGCGAUGUCAAGCCUUACGCAUGCGACUUCCCAGGCUGCAAACGGAAGUUCAAGCAAAGCGGGCAGUUAAAAACACAUGUAAGACUCCAUACUGGUGAAAAACCUUUUCAAUGUACAUUUCCAUUGUGUAAUAUCUCCUUUACACAUGCCAAUCGUAAGUGUCCAAAUCAUCCAGAGUAUCCAUUGCAAAGGAUUUUAAAUAAAAUCAUGUCGCCAUUAAACGGAGUUUUAUCAAGUGUGACCGAUUCUGAAAACACUCAUAGCGAACAGGUAAAAGCGUGGCUGCAAAAACAGUGUAGCAACAGUGUAAAAUCUGAGAAUGUUUUGAAGCCUAUCGAAAAUAUAGGAAACCAUGAAAACAAUAAAACACUAGACAAGAGUUCCAGUAAAUCAUUCCCGAUUUCUGAAGAAAAUGACCGUCGACUGUUAUCUGCUGUGGCUUUAGUUGAAAUGCGAGACCAAAUGAAAAGUUCGAAGCAGGAGAAUUAUAAUUAUUUGUUCAAUACAACGAAGUAAAACCGUUUGGUUGCGAUGGGAAGAAAUGCUAGUGCUUAAAAGUUUUGUUUAAACCUCUUUAAUGAGACAACUGGUAUUUGCGCCCGUCUUUAGAGUUGCAUAGUCUGUCGAGUAAUUUAUAAUUGUGUUUAUAUAGCGAACUAUUUUUGUCAGAUAUAUAUUUUGUUUCGUUGCAUUUUUGUGUGUUUUGGUUGUUUAUUAUUAGAAACAGAAAGCUAGUGGUUA